GAAUACAAUAUUUUUUAUAACGUAUUCUUUGCACAAAUAUAUCAAUAUAUAUUAUAUAUAUUAUAUUAAAAAUAAAUGCAAACAUUAUAUAAAUAUCAUGAAAAUUAAUUUAUAAAUAUUAUUCAUCGAUUGCCAUUGUUGUGUUGAAAUAUCGUCGAACGUUUAUAUAAAAGAGGUUAGCAAUCAUAAUAAUUUAUCACAAUGCCUUAUGGUAUUUCAUGGACUCGAUAUAUUUGUCUUAUUACAUCAGCAUUUUUUGCAACGGCAGCCGGUUCGCAAGUUGUGCAUCUCAUAUAUCGACCGCUUGAUGAUUUAGAUGAUCUUAUAGAAGAAGCAUUACAAAAAAAAUUGUCAGAACAGAAAAAUCAUAACGAUUCGUUAGUAAACUCUUAAUAAAUAAAUUAUAUAUAUUAAUUAUAAUGUAUAAUUAUAUUAAAAUAUAUUAAUUAUUUAUAUAUAAUUGUUUAAAUAUCUUAUUAUUUGAUAAAUAAUUUUUUUUUAAAGG